AUGACACCCCCCGCCCGAGGCCGGGGAACCAGUCAACGCAGCCCGACCGUUCUGCUUGAGCUCCAACACCCAACGGAAAAUCCCUUACAUUUGCUGACCCUCCGCCCCCCACGCCGCAGAUCCCCCGCGACUCGCUUCAUCACCGUCGACAAUGUCUUACAGUAUGCCUCCGACAUCCCGUCCAUGCAGCAGCGGCACCCGCCGCCAAUUUCGCGCUCGCGCAGACUUGCUUCGGCUAGCGGGUUGAUUGGUGGAGCGAGCAGUUCCACGACAUCUAAUAGCCGACUCGCUGCCCAGCCGCGCCUCCCACCACGCACGACGAAAGUUAGUGAGAAACUCGUGCUGUUGCCGGAUACCGGGGGAGUAGGCGAGCCAGAUGAAGGCGAGGACGAUGAAGAUGAGGAGGAUCAGGCGGAUGGCAAUGCGGAUCAAGUAGACGAGGAGCUUGUUGCGCGCAUCGCGCGCGAUAAGCACGUUGAGCCCGAGGCUGUGAGGCAGGCUCUCCUUGCGCAGAAACGGCUCAGUGUUGGGGACUUCUCGAUCGAUAAUGAUGUUGCGCCGCUCCGGGCUGACGAGGAGGUAAUUCGCAAGCGACGAACCCCCGAGCGUGCGAAGAGUUAUGCGGAGCGCUUGCCUAAGGCUAGGCGGACGGAGAAACUUGCGCGGGUUACAGCCUAUUGUACGGCGCAGGCGUAUAAAAUGGGGUCUGUCGCUUCGUUUGUGAAGGAGUGGCAUGGUGCGAGGACGAAGCUGUAUGAUGAUUGUUUGUACACGGCGUAUCAUUUGCCACUUGUGCCGGGCCAUGAGGGAUAUCGGUUACGCAGUAGCCCUGUGUUGAAAUUCCCGGGCGGCAAGUCGCUGCUGGAUGAGGAGAUUGAAAGGAAUGAACAGAGAGAUCAUCAUGAUGACUGGAUGGGGGAGGCAGAGGAGCAUUCUGUCGGUGGUCACAAUCGGCCAGAGGAAGAACAUCAUCAAGAAGCGUCACCGCAAGAUCCUGGUACUACCUCGAGGGAGGAACAUCAUGAGUUUUUGACUCGGGCUUCUGAGGAGGAUGCGCGGCUUCGGGAUCAUACGCCCGAUCAGGAUGACAAGUCGAGUGAAGAACAUAAUCUGGACCUUCGACCUCGUCGUCGAAGACACAGCUCCGACGAUGGUCAAGCUCUGAUGAGAGCUCGUUCGGCCUCCCCGGUGAAACCGUCGUCGUCCUCCAUGCCUGAACGGCCUGCACGAACCCUGUACAAUGUCGCCGAAAUGUUUGUUUUCAGCUAUGGUGUUGUGGUUUUUUGGAACUUUACAGAACGCCAGGAGAAAGAUUUACUGGCGGAUCUGGCAUUCGCUACAUCUUCGGCUACUGAUCUCUCGGCCCGCGUUUACAACGAUAUGAUCACACUCCGCAGUGGUGACCACAUGAUCAAACUAGCAAUCAGUCAUGGUAUCUCUCAGAGUACCAAAUUGUGUUUCUUUGAGGAGGUUAUGGCGCGUCAAAUGGCUGAUGCGAAGGAUGUACCACGAAGACUCGCUAUGACCGGUCAGCUCGGCAUGAAGCGUGAAGAGGUCUUCCGGAUUCUGGGGCGACUUUUCAAGAGCCGUGUCGAGGUCAAUCUCUCAUCAAACAUGCUCGAUGUUCCGAAUUUCUUCUGGGAAAGCGAGCCAACACUCUACCCCCUUUACAUUGCUGUCCGCGAGUACCUCGAAAUCAAACCCCGGAUCCAGGUAUUAAAUGAACGCUGCCGGGUGUUCCUCGAUCUAGCAGAGAUCCUCUCAGACUCCAUCGCUGACAACCGCACAUCUUAUCAAACAUGGGUCGUCAUCGUUCUCAUUGUCAUCUCCAUCCUCGUAACUCUCUCUGAAGUCUUCCUCCGUUUUGGCCUUCUCCACGCUAGUCAAGGCACAACACCGGCCAGCAUCAUCGCCCGUGCAAUGGGCCGCUCUCCUCCAUCCCCAUCCCCAUCUCCAGGCUGGUCCUACCCUAACAUCCCGGCAGGAUGUAUCUGCCCCUCUCUUGCUCCGACCGGCGGGCCUGGCAUGGGCGCCAGUGGCCUGAUGGGAGGCCUCUAG